AUGUCUUCAACUAGUUCAUCAAAAAGUUCUUCUUCGAAGGGACCAGCUAAUGUUAAAAAGAAUGAAAUUUAGGAAUUGCAAGAUGAUCUCAUUAAUAACAACGAGAAUAUAAAGAAGGAAGCCGUCAGAAAAAUUAUUGAUGCAAUGACCAGAGGUAAAGAUGUUUCUAUGCUCUUCCCUCACGUUUUAAGAAAUAUGAUGACCAAGAAUAUGGAGUUAAAAAAAUUGAUAUAUUUAUACAUCAUUAAUUAUGCUAAAACAAAGCCUGAUUUAGUUAUUCUCGCCAUCAAUUCAUUCAAGAGUGAUGCUUCAGAUCCAUCAAACCCCAUGUUAAGAAGUUUAGCAGUAAGAACUAUGGGUUGUAUUCGUGUUAAAGAAAUUAUAGAAUACUUGUUGGAUGCAUUAAAAAAAGCAGUAAAAGAUGAAAACCCUUACGUCCGUAAGACCGCUGCAGUUUGUAUAGCAAAAAUCUAUGAAACUUAUCCAGAAUUAGUAGUUGAAUAAGGUUUCUUAUAGCAAUUAGAAUACCUUCUUAAUGAUAGCAAUGCAAUGGUUAUUGCCAAUGCAGUCUGUGCCUAAAUGUAAAUUUAAGAUAUAAAGGGAGGAAAUGUUUUGGAGCUAAAUAAAUUCAAAGUUUAAAAAUUAAGAACUGCAAUGAACGAAUGCAACGAAUGGGGUGUCAUUUAUAUUCUUGACGCUCUUGCCGUUUACCGUCCUGAUGACACCAAAGAGGCAGAAGAUAUUUUAGAAAGAGUUAUUCCAAGAUUGUCUCACUAAAAUCCAGGAGUUAUUUUGAGUGCUACUAGAGUUAUCAUGAAAUAUUUAGACUACUUAACUGACCCUGAAAUGGUUAUUAACUAUUGCAAGAAACUAACCAGUCCUUUAAUUAGUUUAUUGAAUAUGGAACCUGAAAUCGUAUUUAUUGCUUUAAAAAAUAUCAAUUUAAUUCUAUAGAAGAGACCUAUCAUUAUUGAGAAGGAAAUUAAAUUCUUCUUCUGUAACUUUAACGAUCCCAUCUACAUCAAAGUUAUGAAAAUUGAAAUUCUUAUUCGUCUAGCUAACAUUGAUAAUAUUCCUUAAAUUCUUCACUAAUUAAAAGAAUAUUCAGCAGAAGUAGAUAUUGAAAUAGCCAAAAAGUCUAUCAGAGCUAUUGGUAGAUGUGCUAUCAAGUUAGAAAAAGCAGCCCAAAAAUGUGUUUAGGUUUUAAGAGACUGCUUAAGAUCAAAGGAUGACUACGUUACUUAGGAAACUAUUAUAGUUAUUAGAGAUAUUUUUAGAAAAUAUCCUAAAGAUUAUGAAGGUUUGUUAAAAGAAAUAUGCGAAAAUUUAAAGACUUUAGAUAAUCCUGAAGCUAAGGCUGCCAUGAUUUGGAUUAUUGGUGAAUAUGUUGACACCAUUGAAAACUCUGGCUCACUUCUUGAAGAAUUCGUUAAGAGCUUUAUUGAAGAACCAGCUAUCGUUUAGCAUUAAAUUUUAACUAGUUGUGUUAAAUUGUUCUUGAUGAGACCUUAAGAUGGUUACGAUUUAGUCCACAAAUUAUUACAAUAAGCCACUAACAAUUGUGAAAAUCCUGAUAUCAGAGAUAGAGGUUAUAUUUAUUGGAGAUUGCUUGGUUAAAGCCCUGAAUUAGCUAAAAAAAUUGUUUACAGUGAACGUCCUGAAAUUUCAGACAAUACUUAUGUAUUGGAAACAGCUCUACUUGAUAAGCUUAUUGAAAAUAUUGGAACUCUCUCCUCUGUUUACUACAAACCUCCUGAGCAGUUCGUUAAGCACUUAAGAGAUAUUAUUAACCAAAAAGAAAUGGAAGAAAAUGAAGCAGAAGAAGCUGGUGAUGAAUUCUUCAUUAAGGGUGAAAAUAAUGUAGCUGAUAAAGAUUACUAUGGUGGGGAAGUUACGAUUAAUGAUGAUCAAGCUUAAUAAUAGCAAUCAAAUAUUUAAUAUAAUAUGAAUAGCAAUAUUUAAAAUACUUAAAUGUAAUUAAACCAAAGCAAUAUAAGCUCUACUCCCUCAACUGCUGCUACAGUUAACUAGAGUUAGGCUAAAAAUUUAUUAGAUGAUGACGAUGAUAUAAUGGCUCCACCAAUAUAAUAGUAAUAAUAUAAUUAGCCUCCUCCUUAAGUUUAUUAAUAGCCACCUCAAUAACAAUAACUCUAACCUGCCCCUUCUUAGGCUAAGAAUCUUCUUGAUGACGAUGAUGAUAUCAUAGGUGGAGCUAGCACAGCACCUUAACCUCAAUAGAUAAAUUAAAUGCAAUAUAAUUAAUCUCCCUAAGCUGUCAAUAGUAAUUAAUAAGCUAGUUUCAGCAGCAACGGUUCAAAUUCAAAUAAUAAUACAGACUUCUUUGGGGGUGGCUCUUAAUUAAGAGCUCCUAACAUUAAAAUACCUUUUAGCGAAUGUGUAAAUGAAAAUAAGUUCUCGAUGAAAAAUAUAGUGAAUGGAUUAAAUAUUGCUUGUGCCUUCUAAAGAGAGGGUGCCUAGAUGUUUUUAGAAAUUUAAGUUUCAAAUCGUUUUGGAAAUAACACUUUCUCAGAUUUCGCUAUUAAACUUGCUCCAAACAAAUUUAAAAUAAACCCAACAACUAUUGAUCUUAACAAAUUAGGAUAGGUUGCCCCUGGUCAAACUAGCUCAUGUAAAAUUGAAAUUGAUUGUAAUGGCUAAAUUGAUAAUGGACCUUUGAGCAGCCCUUUCUUAGUAAAUACUAUGAUAAAAACAAACUUUGAUGUUUACUAAAUGGCAAUUCCUUGCAGUCUUUCAGUUUUAAUCGUACCUGGAGCUCCUCUUUAAAUCUAAUAAUAUGGAGAAUUCUCCUCUAGAAUGGUCAAAAAAGCUGAUAAGAUUCCCAUGAUUAUUGAUAGAGAUGCACUUGUAAAGAAAAUGGCCAACAAUAAUAUCUAUUUUGUAAAUUCUCAAACUAAUCCUUAGGGAAUUGAAAUGAUAAACUUCUCAUGUAAGUUAGCUAACGAAAUGCCACUUUUAUUAGAUGUAAUUAUAGAUAAGAUAAAUGGAGCACUUAAUAUUUAAUAUCACGCUCCUCACGACACUAUUUUACCUCUUUUCUAUUAAGCUAUUAUGUUCGUCUUAAAGUUCUGA